CUUGCAUUUUUUAGAAAGCUUCAUCUGUCUUCAUGCCGUCCAAUUCCUCUGAGUCAUUGCCAAUCGACCACUAUCUUAUCAGACAUUACAUCCGUGUCAGCAAAACCGUUACCCAACUGAAACAAGUCCACGCUGUCUUAUUGAAAAUUCCGACAAACGGAUCCAUUAAACACCGCCAAACCAUAGGUUGUCUGCUGUCGAAGCUUCUAUGCUUUCCUGGCGACAACCUCUGGUAUGCCCGUCACUUGUUCGACAAUAUUCCCAAGUGCAAAACCAAACCACACUCCCUCCUUGCUUUGCUCCUCCGCUCUCAUGUCCUUCUCAAGCAGUUUACCGAGGCCAUAUCAGUCUAUGCCAGAUUUCAGCAGGACGGCAUGCCUCCUUGUGGGACUACCUUCUCAUCGGUGCUCACUGCCUGUGCUAGGAUACCUGUGUUGCUUGAAGGCAGGCAGGUCCAUGCUAGAGUUCUGCAAUCGGGUUUCUUGGGGAAUAAGGUAGUGGAAACUUGCCUCCUAGACAUGUAUGUGAAAAAUCGGGCUAUAUCCGAUGCCACUGCUGUGUUUGAUGAGAUGGGAGAGAAGGAUAUCGUCACUCGGACCGCAAUGUUACACGGGUUCUCUAAGAUGGGCAUGAUGAGUGAGGCGAGGAGGUUGUUUGAUCAAAUGGAGGAGAGGAAUAUCGUUUCUUGGUCCACGGUAGUUGCUGGAUAUGCAAAUAUUGGAGAUAUGGGACCGGCAAGGGACCUGUAUGAUCAGAUGCCGAGAAAAGAUUCAGUUGUGUGGGUUGCUAUGAUAUCAGGUUAUGGGAAGAUCGGUAAUGUGGAUGAGGCGAAAGCAAUAUUCGAUAAGGCGGAAGUAAAGGACGAGAAAUGUUGGGCAGCAAUGCUGGCUUGUUAUGCACAGAACGGGCGUGCUGAAGCAGCUCUAGAGCUGUACGUGGAAAUGAGGAAAGAAAAUCUUACGGUCAGCGAGGUUGCAGCCGUAGGGGCGAUUUCAGCGUGCACCCAACUAGCUGAUGUUAAAAUGGCGAACGAAUUGGCUAAGCAUAUCGAGGAAGGAAUUUGCCGUCGAACAGUUUAUGUAUCAAACGCACUGAUCCACAUGCAUUCGAAAUGCGGGAAUAUCGACCAGGCAAUGAAAGAAUUCAACAGUAUGAAGAUCCGGGACGUGAUCUCUUAUACAUCGUUGAUUACGGCCCUUGCUGACCAUGGUAAGGCCAUGGAAGCUCUGAGCUUCUUCGUCGAGAUGCUGAAACAUGUAAUCAAGCCGAAUCAGAUCACAUUUGUGAGCGUCCUCGGUGCUUGUAGCCAUGCAGGAUUGGUAGAAGAAGGGAUGAGGUACUUCGCUAUGAUGACUCAAGUUUUCGGCAUUAACCCAUCAAUAGAGCACUAUUCCAGCAUAAUCGAUCUACUCGGAAGGGCAGGGCAACUCGAGAGAGCGUAUAGCAUUGUUGCAAAUGGUUCAGGUUUUAAUGAUCCUGAGAUUUUGGGCGCUCUGUUAGGAGCUUGCAGGGUUCACGGGAACGUUGAAAUAGGGGAAACUGUAGCAAAGAGGCUGUUCGAAAUCGAGCCCGAGAACACCGGAAAUUACAUGCUUUUGGCGAAUAUUUAUGCAUCCCUGAAUAGGUGGGAGGAUGCAGAAAAGUUGAAGAGGCUGAUAAGUUUGAGGGGAAUGAGAAAAUCUCCAGGAAGCAGCUUCCUAUGAGCGCUGACUACGCGCAAAUUCUCCGUGUAAGGGUCGUUUGUGGUGCACCACGAAUGAGUUGAUGCCCAUUGUGAUCACGAGAAUCUGAAUUACAGUGGAUGAAUUUUAGGUGCUAUCGCAGUUCGCAUGUACUUACAUGGGAACUACUCAUCAUAUAAGGAAGCCUGCUUUACAGCCUCCUGGGAAUUGAGCAGCCGUGCAUUUGAAGCACUUUAAACCAAAUUAUUACCGGAACAGAUUGCUCAUGAGCAAAUAUGUGAAGUCCAAUUAUCAUCACAAACUCAAUAUCCAUGGUAAUGAAUUACAUUUCUAA